GCCAGUUUCAUUAGCCGCACAGGGAACCCAGCAAUCCGAGAACCAUACAAAAUGAUGAAAUUGAUGCUAGUCGUUGGCUCGCUGGCAGUGCUCCUGGCGCUGGCCACUGCCCGUCCGCAGAACGAAGUGGAGGUCCAGGAGUACGAGUCCAAUGUUGACCUCGAUGGAUACAAGUUCAGCUACAAGCUAAGCGACGGCACCACCCGCACAGAGGAGGGCGUGAUCAAGAAUGCCGGCCAGGAGAAUGAGUCCAUAUCCAUCCGGGGAUCCGUCAGUUGGGUGGCUCCCGACGGCCAGACCUACACCAUCAAUUUCGUGGCUGACGAGAACGGCUUCCAACCGGAGGGUGCCCAUCUGCCCAAGUAGGCUGUGCCCGACUUGGGGAUGAUCCUGUAAAUACGCCCAACCACCAAACCAUCCCGGCCAUAUAGAGUGAGGUGCUAAAGUGCUGUCUCGAGUUCUCAAGUCGGUCAGUCAGUUAGUAAGUCGAUCAGUCAGUCAAGUCAGUGUCGUGCAUUGUUUUCUUUAUUCCUUUGUUACUCGCAUUAAAGCCGAACUUUC